AUGUCCCAGUCAUGUUCUGGAGAGGAGAGUUUUUUGAAUACUGAAAUAUUCGUGACCAUGGCUUUUCAUUGCCUGACUAUUUUUGAAGUUCCUGUUCAUAUUUUUGUUGGCUACCUAAUAUUAUUUAAAACUCCAAAACGAAUGGGAAAUGUUAAAUGGUACAUGUUCAAUGUGCACUUUUGGAGUGCAACUCUAGAUAUUUCGCUGAGUUUGUUAGUAAUUCCAUAUAUGUUUUUCCCGUUUGCCGCUGGAUAUUCAUUUGGAAUUUUUAAGUGGUUAGAUGUGAAUCGUGCGUGGCAAACAACGGUCAUUGUGAUUGAGAUUGGAAUGACCAUUAUUUCAAUUCUUGUGCUAUUCGAAAAUCGAUUCACAUUUUUGGCAUCAUCGAGCAAGGGCUGGACGAGAUUUCGUAAAGCGUUUAUCGGGAUUUUGCACGUUGUAGCUUGGACAUAUUUUAUACCAUUCACCCUCACUACGCCUGACCAGGCAGUCGCUGGACCUGCAAUUCUACAGAGACUUCCCACUCUUCGUUGUUUCUAUUCUGACGAUAUAUUUGUACUUACACAAGAUGCAACAUUAGUUGGCUGGAGUACUGUAACAAAACUAGUCAUUGAAAUAAAAAUGCGGUGCUCUCCAAAAACACAAUGGCACUUCAAAAAAAGUUUUUCGUAUCGAUUACCAUCCAAACAGUGAUUCCGUUUUUUAUCAUUCUGGUCCCUCUCUGCUAUUGUGGGUACUCACUUGGUAAAAUGUAUUAUAAUCAAGCUUUGAAUAACAUAUCAUUUCUUGUUAUAUCAUCUCAUGGUCUGGUAUCAACUAUUGCUAUGUCUCUUAUUCACGAGCCGUAUCGAAAUGCAAUAUUCCGGUUUGGAAAACGUGGAACACAUCAUAGAACUGCUUCGAUUAGUUUUAUAAGACAUUCUCAUUUGCAUUAA